AUAGCGACAGAGGCCCGCUCUGUGGGAUGGCUUUCUGCAGUCUGGGGCGCGUCUGGGAUUCCGCUUUCUCUGUGUCCUGGUACCUGAGGAAUCCCCGACAUCUUGCAAAAUGAGCCCCUUGUGACGUAGAGCGAAGCCAAGGGGUCAGGGCAGGGUGGAGACUGGCCUCCGCGUACCCGAGCAUGCGGGCGGGAUGGGUCUGCGCGGGUCCACGCUGCCUCAGAUGGGCAGAGCUUUGAGGCCCCAGGAGAAGGGCGUCCUGAAGUCCCCACUGAUCAUCUUCGUGGUGGGGGGCCCUGGCUGCGGGAAAGGGACCCAGUGCAGAAAUAUGGCUACCAAAUACGGCUUCUGCCACGUUGGGCUGGGCCAGCUGCUGCGGGAAGAGGCUCAGAGGAGCACCCAGCGGGGCCGGCAGAUCCGGGACAUCAUGCAGCAGGGACUCCUGGUGCCCACGGGUCUCAUUCUGGACAUGGUCAGUGACAACUUGUUGUCUCGUCCAGAAAGCCGUGGCUUCCUCAUCGAUGGCUUCCCCAGAGAGCUGGAACAGGCCAAAGAGUUUGAACGGAUUGUGGGCAGGGCCCCCAACAUAGUCAUCGUAUUCGACUGCUCCAUGGAGACCAUGGUGCGGAGAGUGCUACACCGAGGACAGGUGGAGCACCGGGCGGAUGAUUCAGAGCCAGCCAUCCGCAAGCGCCUGGAGACACACUAUACCCUGUGUGAGCCCGUCCUGACCUUCUACCAGCAAAAGAACCUUCUGCGAAAUAUACUGGCUGAAGAGGCUCCUGAAAACAUUUUUGCCAAGUGCUGUUCAGUCAUUGAGAGUCUGCAGUAAGCCAGGGUGGGGCUGACGCCUGGCUUACCCCUUCCUCUCAGCAUACAGAAGCCAGACCUGAGGUGAGACCCUGGUGCUAACAAGGGUCCCUGAUAGGCAG